AUUUCUAUGUAAUAGUUUAUGUAAAUAUUUUAAUAUAGUUUAAAUAAUUGUUUUUAGUAUAUAUAAUGUUUCAGUAACAUAUAUAGCUCAGUGUUCCUUGACUCAGUUUUUUGAAAGACAUCGCUCGGCCACUGUUGUCAUUUGUGUUUUGAAAUUGUAGUUUAUGAAUAAAAUUCUUUUUCUUUAUAUAUUUGCUGUUUUUUAUCUUAAUUCGUUUUAUUUUGUCUUUUUUUAUUCAUACGAUAGUAAGAUGAGCGAAGUCUUGAGUCAAAACCAUGAACAGGUCACACAGACAAAACUCUACGACUAGUAAACAUAACUCCAGUAUUCCCAGUUCAUCAGAACAGGUUGGUGCUUGUAAAGACGUUGCAUCUGUAGCUUAUGAUGAAUAUCUGUGGUUGCUACAAAAGAGAAACAGACUGUUAAAGCGGUUAAAGACCAAAGAUGACCAACAAGUAGCUUUAGAGAAAAAGGAGAAAGGAUUUUCUUUGUAUAUUAACGGAGCCAACAGAGAGCUGUCUGGUUUGAAUGCAUCACGAAGAACUAAAACUGCUGAUGAUAAUUUUUCAUCAAGAAAAGUUGCAACCAACGAUGAAAAUCUGCUGAACUAUGACACCAAUGAAGGAAACAGAGCCAAAACAGCCCCAACAAAACUAACGAGGAAGACUUGGAGACCUGUUGACUUUCGAAUGAAAACAGAGCAAGGUGAAAAAGUUAAAAUUAAGAUACCAGGAAAUAUAACAGGUGUUUAUAGUGAAGAUUUUGACAAUGAUAAUGAAGAAGAAAAUAGUGAGAAUGAUGAAGUUGAUAGCAAUGAUAAUGAAGAUGACAGCAAUGUUGAUGAUAGUGACAGUGAUGUUGUUGAAGAAUUAAAUCUCAGUUUUAAUGAUGUCCAUACUUUGAGGAGAAGUUUAGAGAAGGAUAAUCAAAUAUUUGAAAGUAUUCAGACUGUUAUUGAGUGUGACUCAUCAAGUGAAAGUGAAAGUGAAGUUUUGCAAGUGGAAGAGUCCUCCUGUCUUCAUGUCAAGGAUCUUGAGGAUAAUAUUGAAGAUGAGAGGAUAUCAGAGGAGAUUGAAGAGGAGGUUGAAAUUCAUGAUUAUAGUAUAAAUGUUGGGGAUACUGAAGCAUUUGAUGGCUUGUCUAAGCUAAGAGGAAGUUUUGUAAUUCAUGAUGACACUACAGACGAGUCAUUGAGAUCAGCUAGACCUGUGAUACAAGAUGACACUACAGAUGAGUCAUUGAGAUCAGCUAGACCUGUGAUACAAGAUAACACUACAGAUGAGUCAUUGAGAUCAGCUAGACCUGUGAUACAAGAUGACACUACAGAUGAGUCAUUGAGAUCAGCUAGACCUGUGAUACAAGAUUAUUUAUCUACACGUGACGAAGAAGAAGAAACCAUUGUCUUGUCAUUUUCAAAAAAAAAACCGUCCAAGAAACUUUUGCUAGCUACUAGAAAAAGUGACGACCACAACAACGAAACUGAAUCGUGCAAAAUAUCCAACACGUUUAAGGAGAGUGGCCGUAAGCUGUCGCCAAAAAAUCUUGAACUUGACGUCAAGGAUGACGUCACUGCUAUCACAGAUGAGACUGUUGCGUUGGUAACAAAGAAAGUACGAAACAUGAAUGCAAGUCAACAGAGACAGUUACUGGAUCUUUUGACCAAAUUAGAUCCAUCAACACCUCAUAAUGUACAUCCAAGUUCAUCAACACUUCAUAAUGUUCAUCCAAGUCCAAUAUUCCAUGAUAUAUGUUCAGGUUCAUCAACACACCAUGAUGUACAUCCAAGUCCAUCAACACACCAUGAUAUACAUCCAACUUCAUCAACAUCUCAUAAUGUACAUCCAAGUCCAUCAACACACCGUGAUGUACCUCCAGGUUCAACACCUCAGGAUAUACAUCCAAGUCCAUCACCACACAAUGAUGAACCUCCAGGUCCAUCAACACGCCAUGAUAUACAUCCAAGUUCAUCAACACCUCAUAAUGUACAUCCAAGUCCAUCAACACACCAUGAAGUACCUCCAGGCUCAUCAACACACUAUGAUAUACAUCGAAGCUCAUCAACACACCAUGAUAUACCUCCAGGUUCAUCAAUACACCAUGAUGUACAUCCAAGUCCAUCAAAGGCAUUUGGAUCAUCACCAAGUGAAGCGUUUUUAACGAGAAAUCAUAUCAAUGAUAAAAAUGUUGUAAAUUUCAUCCAAAACAAAGCCUCGGACGAGAUAGAUGAAAAGUGUUCAGAUAUAAUGGUAGAAUAUUCUCAAAGCUCUCACAAAGAACAUGGUCCUCUACCAAUUCGUCAAACAAUGUUUGGUCGUUCUUCCGAAGAUAAUUCAUCGCCAAGGAAUGAAAAAACGCCUUUGCCUAAACGUCCACCUUGGUUGGACGGACUAAAAAAGAAACGAUCUUCAGCGAGUAAUGUCAAAGAGGAAAAGGACAACAAAUGUUCGUUAAGCUGGCUUCGUUCCGCUGAGAAAAAAGAUGCAUCUUUGCAAGAGUUAUUUGAACAGCCCAAGCCUCGAUCCAGGCCUUCUAGCGGCCGACGGAGCUGUAAUAAUCCUGCUUCAAGUGGGCCAAGAGGUCAUCAGUCAGAAGUAGAUUGUGGAAGACGUCCAGUAGAACAGCAUCCGGGCAAUCAGGACUUGGAACUACAUGAAAAUUUUUCCAAUCUGUGUGUUGGAAAAACGACACCAAAUGAAAAAAUCUUUAAUGAAAGAUGGCUGGAAGAAUCUCUCGAUUCUCUUUCGCAGUUUAAGCGAUGUCAUCAAGGACGGUUGACUCCUUCGAUGAAGAUUAAUAUGGAUCACCAAGGAGAUGCUUUAGACGAAUUUCUUGUCGAAGAUAGUCAGAUUCAAGACGAUGCUGUAAACUUAAGUGUAGUUGAUGAUUUUACAAUUCCUGAGUUACCACGCGGUCAAACCCUUGUCAUAAACAUUCUUACAACCUGGGGUGACCAGUAUUACGUUGGAUUAAAUGGCGUUGAGAUAUUCAAUAGCUCUGGUAAACCUGUUCAGAUAUCAUCAAUCACAGCUGAACCAUGUGAUAUCAACGUUCUUCAAGAAUACAACAAAGACCCAAGGGUUGUAUCAAAUCUUAUUGAUGGAGUUUAUUUCACAAGAGAUGAUAUGCAUCUAUGGCUUGCUCCAUUCACAGAAGGAAGAAACCAUUUUAUUUACAUUGAGUUUAAAGAAACAUCAACAUUGGCUAUGAUAAGAUUAUGGAACUACAAUAAAUCAAGGAUCCACUCCUUUCGCGGUGCAAGGGACAUUGAAAUUUUUCUUGAUGAUAAUUUAAUAUUUCGUGGAGAAGUGGCCAGAGCAAGUGGUGAGCUGGGUACAUCCGAGACGUUUGGGGAUACCAUUUUGUUCACUAUGAACGAUGAGAUUCUUGAAGCGAUGGCGUUAAAUGAUCAAACAUACGAACCUGAUGUUGAUGAUGAUGAAGAAUAUCUUCAGAGCAGCAGUAGUUUUCAACGACCUGUUACCGCUGAUACUGGUCAUGAACAUGAAACGUACGACCGACCAUUCACCUGUCCUAAAGAACGAAAGAAACCAAGAAUGGAGUCUACAUAUCCCAACAAAGUCGUCAAAGAGCAAUUUUGUAUUGAUGACGUUGUCGGUAAACAUUGCAAGGGUGAAGUGUUGGAAUUAAACUUCGUGGAGACCUGGGGAGAUUUGAGUUAUCUUGGUUUAACGGGACUACAGUUAUUUGACACGAAUGGCGAAAUUAUUCAUGUAUCGUUAGAUAUGAUGCAGGCAUCACCAAGAGAUUUGAAUGAUCUUCCCGAGUACGAUGACGAUGAUAGAACGUUAGAUAAAUUGAUUGACUCCGUCAAUGUCACUACGAGCGAUGAAUACAUGUGGUUGAUACCGUUUACGUUGGGUGAAGAUCACACACUUUCUAUUCAUUUAAAAGAAAGAAAGGAAAUAGCUGGACUCUACAUAUGGAACUAUAAUAAAUCAUUAGAAGGAACCUACAGAGGUGUAAAAUGGAUGAUUAUAAAACUGGAUGGAAGAACAGUAGGAAGUGAAGAUGGCAUUUUAAUUCGAAAAGCUCCUGGUCAUUGUUAUUUUGAUUAUCGCCAAGAAAUAUCUUUUCUCCAUCCUCCUAAAAGACAAGAAACUGACCCUUUUGUACCAACAAUUCCUGGCGAAGGUGACUGUGAACUGACCGUUAAACCAUCUGGAUUCAUAUUUCAGUUUCAACUGUUUGAAUCCUGGGGUGAUCCAUAUUAUCUUGGAUUAAAUGGAUUAGAAUUUUAUGAUCAAGAUGGUCGGCUUAUGGAACUAAAUGAAAAGAAUAUCACAGCUUACCCGGAGAGUGUUAACGUCUUGGAGGGAGUGAAGGAUGACGUCAGAACCCCAGCAAAGUUGAUUGAUGGCGUCAAUGAUACAGAAGAUGGACGUCAUAUGUGGCUAGUUCCCAUCUUUCCUGACUUGACCAAUUUACUUUAUGUUAUUUUUGACGAACCAAAAUCAAUAUCAAUGAUCAAGAUAUGGAACUACAGGAAGACGCCAAUUCGUGGCGUCAGGCGUUUGGCUAUCUUGGUUGAUGAUCUGCUUGUUUUUAAUGGUAUUCUUCCACAGGUUCCAACAGGAGCCAGAGGAAUACUGCCAAAUAUGAAUAUACCUUUACCUCAUGCUUCGAUUUUGUUCACUGAUGACGAAGCAAUACAACAGAAAGAGAGACCUUUUGCAAUCAAUGGUGGUGGCUUUUUUGAAAGUCACGAAGUAUGUUUGAUGAACGAUCGAACAGAUUUUGAACAAGAAAAGACAGUCAAUAGUACUAACGUUGAUCAAGCUCUGCGUCCAAAGACAAGUGUCACACAACUUUAUCGUGCAAAAAGAUAGCAGAAUUAGAAGUUUUUUAAAUACACUUUAAUAUAAAAUCGUUCUAUGUACAUAAUAUUAAUAACAUAUUUAUUCAAUGUUCA